AGGCCGCGCCGCCGCCGCCGCUGCUGACCCGGGGCCGCGCCGGGGCCGGGGCGCCCGCCAUGGGGAACACCGCCUCGUGCUGCGUGUCGUCCAGCCCCAAGCUCCGCAGGAAUGCCCACUCGCGGCUGGAGUCCUGUCGGCCUGACGCCGACCUGAGCCGCGAGGACACGGGCUGCAACCUGCAGCACAUCAGCGACCGGGAGAACAUCGACGAUUUGAACAUGGAAUUCAAUCCUUCAGACCAUCCUCGGGCCAGCACAAUAUUCCUCAGUAAAUCUCAGACGGAUGUGAGAGAAAAACGCAAGAGUCUCUUCAUUAACCAUCAUCCUCCAGGACAAAUAGCAAGGAAAUACAGCUCCUGCUCGACUAUUUUCCUGGAUGAUAGCACAGUCAGUCAACCAAACCUCAAGUAUACAAUUAAAUGCGUAGCUCUCGCAAUAUAUUACCACAUCAAAAACAGGGACCCAGAUGGAAGGAUGCUCUUGGAUAUUUUCGAUGAGAACCUUCACCCUCUUUCGAAAUCCGAAGUGCCACCAGAUUAUGACAAACACAACCCAGAGCAGAAGCAGAUUUACCGGUUUGUUCGGACACUGUUCAGUGCUGCUCAGCUGACUGCGGAAUGUGCCAUUGUCACCCUGGUGUACCUCGAAAGGCUUCUAACAUAUGCAGAGAUUGACAUCUGUCCGGCCAACUGGAAGCGGAUUGUUCUGGGGGCCAUCCUGCUGGCCUCCAAGGUGUGGGACGACCAGGCCGUGUGGAACGUGGACUACUGCCAGAUCCUGAAGGACAUCACAGUGGAGGACAUGAACGAGCUGGAGCGACAGUUCCUCGAAUUGCUCCAGUUCAACAUCAACGUGCCCUCCAGUGUUUAUGCCAAGUAUUAUUUUGAUCUUCGUUCUCUGGCGGAAGCCAACAACCUGAGCUUCCCCUUGGAGCCCCUUAGCAGGGAAAGGGCCCACAAGCUGGAGGCCAUCUCCCGCCUCUGCGAGGACAAGUACAAGGACCUGCGAAGACCCACGAGGAAGCGGUCAGCGAGUGCUGACAAUCUGACUCUGCCCAGGUGGUCCCCGGCCAUCAUCUCCUAAUCGUGUGGGCAUCCCCGCUGGAGGCCGUGCCAUCCCUGUUUCUCCUUCAGUUCGAGAAAAGACAGUUCUGGGGUGGUUUUGUUUUGUUUCUCCUUUCCUCUUUUUAAAAUUCAUAGGUCCGCCAGGCUGCCUUGACGAGCGCCUCCGCGCCGCGCACACGUGCAGCAGGGCUCCAAGGACGCGAAGUCGGUACCGUGGGAGCCAGUCCACGCCUUCCCAGCCCCGAAACAGCGCUUCCUUCGUGGAGGAAAGACUCUAACCCUGGAGGAGGAAGGGAAGGGAAAGGAAGUCGGCUAGAGGAAUGGAAAGCGGCUUGGCCAUUUCCUAAGCCCCCCACCAUCGGUCAGUAGCCGGAACCGGCAGGAAAGCCCGGCGUAGGUGACGAAGUUGGAUGUGCAGUCAAGUCGCACGCCGCGUGCACCGUCCCAUCUGGAUCAGUGUGUCUCGUAAGACUUCUUGCAUUCCUUCUUGCUGCUUCUCGGGGGUUUGGGGGGGAUUUUUGUUUGUUUUAUUCUGUUUUGGUUUUGGUCCCACAGAGCAGAGAAUAUAGUUUGUACCCACCAUGGCACAGACAUCCAAAUAAAUAGUACUGGCUGUUUCUCUCUGCAC